GGCAGGAGGCGGCGGGGACGGGCGGGCGGCAGCCGGGGCCGCACCGGGCUCGCCAUGGACUACUCCUACCUCAACUCCUACGAGUCCUGCGUGGCCGCCAUGGAGGCGAGCUACGAGUUCAGCCCCUGCAGCCAGGCGGGCUCCUUCCAAUACAGCCCAAUGCGGGGGGGCUUCGGGCCCGCGCCCGCCUGCGCUCCCCUCGCCUCCGCCAGCUGCGCCCUGGGUGCCCUCCGCGACCACCAGCCCUCGCCGUACUCGGCAGUUCCCUACAAAUUCUUCUCGGACCCGUCGGGGAUCAAUGAGAAGCGGAAGCAGCGGCGGAUCCGGACAACCUUCACCAGCUCCCAGCUGAAGGAGCUGGAGAGGGUCUUUGCCGAGACCCACUACCCCGACAUCUACACCCGCGAGGAGCUGGCCCUCAAGAUUGACCUCACCGAGGCCCGUGUGCAGGUAUGGUUCCAGAACCGUCGAGCCAAAUUCCGCAAGCAGGAGCGUGCGGCCAAUGCCAAGGGCACCAGUGGCACUGGCAGCACCGGGAAGAAGUCGGAGCCGCGCUCCUCCUCAGAAGAUGACGAAUCCAAAGAAUCCAACUGCAGCCCGACUCCAGACAGCACGGCAUCCCUGCCUGCUGCUGCCAUCGGCAGCCCCGGAGGCAGCCUGAGCCCCAGCCCUGGCACGGGGGCACCACUGGGACCCGGCCAUGCCCCCCAGCCUCUCAAGGCACCCCUCUGGCCAGGAGUGGGGGGCGGCAGCGGUGCCCCCAACACGGCCGAGCUGCUGAAGGCCUGGCAGCCCACCGAGGCUGUGCCGGGACCCUUCUCUGGCGUCCUCUCCUCCUUCCAUCGGAAACCAAACGGCAUCAAGACAAACCUCUUCUGAUCGCUGAACCACCGGAUCUGGCUGCCCCCAAACCCCCCUCGG